AUGACAACAUGUUAUGAUGGAAUGAAAAAAUGGACUGUGAAAAAACUGAAAGGUUGGUUGGAAGAUCAUGGGUUGAAAAAAAGUGGCUCAAAAGAUGUGCUUGUAAAGCGUGUUUUUCGUGCAUACCAGAAUCUAUUGGAUACAGACUCAAGUGUCAUCGAUAGCGACUUAGAAAUGAGCCAGAGAAUGCAUACAGAUUUCUCUAAACUGGACAGUUCGUGGACAACCGUCUCAAAUGAUAAUUUACCAGAUAUCAGUGACAAAGACAUUGAAAAUUAUUUCUUAUAUCAAACCAAUCCUACAUCUGGAAAACGUGCACGAUUUCAACGACAUCUUAAGAAAGCUAGGAAGUUUUGUGCAGAAAACUUUUUGUGUGACAUUGCGUAUCAUAAUGUGUCUGUAGAAUCGGAAGUUUGUUACGUAAAAGCGAAGUGUAAGCCAUCUAUAAGAAAUAUUGUGCAUGUGGGUAAUACUGGUCAGACAGCAAAUCUGUACAGUCUAAAUGUAUGUAUCACCAAGUCAACAGGACAUAUAAUGACUGCAUAUUGUGACUGUAAAGCUGGAGAGGCAGGGCUUUGUGCACACGUUGGAGGUUUGUUGUUCACACUUGUGAAAAUGAAAAAUGCAUGCACAUCUCAGGAGUGCAGAUGGGAUAGACCUAGACCCAUUCAAAGAAAACCAAGCCCAAAACGUGUUCAUGAAGUUAGGUUCUCAACAAACGUAGACACGGAAAAGUUGCGUCCUUACCCUGACACAUUCCAAGCAUCAGCCUGCAAUGACCCGGACAUUUUUUUGAAUGAUUUACUUGAAGGUCUUGAAGUUGUAAACCCAGGAUGUGUACUGUAUAAAACACUUAAAUCUCAACCAACAGACAUUUCUUCAUUUUUGAAGAUUUUUGAACCAACUUUUUCGUAUGCAGAUUUUGUGGAUCUUGACUCUGAUGAAUGUAAGACAGCAUUUUUAGAAUUUUUUAACAAACUGAAUUUAAAUACAGAUAUUAUAGAUAAUUUAGAAGUUGGAACCAGAGGACAGAGUUUAAAUAAAAACUGGGCAGAUGCAAGAACUGUGCUGAUCACAGCUUCCAACAUGGGAAAUGUAUCCAAAAGAAAGAAAACACAACCUGACAAUCUUGUUAAAACUUUGAGAGGGUAUAAUCCUCCACCAAGCACUGUGAAGAGCCUUCAGCAUGGAAGAAAAUAUGAACGGCAGGCCCUGAAGGACUACAGGAAAAAACAUUCAAAGUUUUGUGGUGGAAACGUUGAAUUAGAUGACAGGGGAUUAGUUGUAAAUCCUAAAUUUCCAUAUCUUGGGGCAAGUGUGGAUAGCUUGGUUACUUGUAGCAAAUGUGGUACUGGAAUUGUGGAGGUGAAAUGUCCAUAUGGAUCUGACAGUGGUGGUGCUACAAAGCUGUUGAGAAGAAUGUCACCAUUGGACUGUGCUAAAGAUCCAGCAUUUUUUUGUAAUCUUGAAGACAAUGAUUUGAAAUUAAAAGCAACACAUAACUACAUGUAUCAAAUACAACACCAAAUGGCCAUUUGUGAACAGAGAGCUAACAACCUACCUCGUGAUUCAGUACCCAUCGUCCUCGAGCGAUUUCAGCAGCUCUGUGAGCAGAUAUGGACCAUUUCCGCUCGGAUACAGAUAGCCAUAUCUAGUCUACUGCCCAGGGCAGAUGCAAGAACAAGACCUAGAUUCAUCAACGAUGUGAACCCCAAGGCCCGCCAGAUCAACAACCCAAUCAGGACUAUCGCCGAACCUCAGCUACAUUCCCCAUACAGCGUUUGCCAGGAAAGGAAAGAUAGAACAACCACUACUCAGUAG